AUGCCCUCUCAGUGCUCUUCCACGUCUAUCGUCUACACGAUGUAUGCUGCAGAGUUUAUAGGUGAAGUUGAACGACAAACUCCAUCUGCCAGAUCUAACCGUAUCGGGAAGCUUCACCACUGCAAACAAUCCGCGGCAUUCAGAGAACCCAUCUUCAUUACUAGUAGAGACAGCUCUCAUUCAUUCGAUUCCCCAACCCUUGAAUCUCACACUUUAUUAACCCGCGCACACCUCUCGUCCUCUCCGAGCUUAACGACGACGACACCGCAGAAUUGCCGGCUGGUCCGCUGGUCGUCAACGAACACACCAACUGGCCCGGCCACCCACAGCCUUGAUAGAAAGGGUUGGGAAAACAGAAUCACAGAAAUCAGAAAUGUUUACCAUGAACCAUAUCCCCGAAUGGCCGUCGACAAGCGGUCAAUCAGCAGCGACGAGUUCCACUCCAAGUACGAUUACCUAAAGCCAAACGAAACUGCAGAGCAGGACUAUGUGGUUAUAUAUGGUAGAAUACAGUCGGCACGGAUUGCGGGGAGCAAGUUGAUAUUUCUUGACCUCGUGCAGAAUGGCCGGAAGGUGCAAGUGCUGUGCAAUCAGAGACAUCUGGACAGUUUGGGAGUGACGCCGGAGAAGUUCAAGCAAUUCUACCAUCUACUACGGCGCGGGGAUGUUUUCUCGGUCAUCGGACACCCCCAUCGAACAAGCCGUAGAGAGCUCUCCGUGGCCGCAUCUCAACUCCCCAAGCUCAUCACGCCCUGUCUUCACGAUGUCCCGCUCCGUAUGAAAUAUCAAGAAUCCUCGCCAUAUGACCGGCACGUUCAGUUACUAUACUCCCCCACUGCAGCUGAUAUCCUUCGAGCUCGGUCAUCUGUCAUUCAAUACAUACGCAGUUUUUUCCUGGACAGGUCUUUCAUGGAAGUGGAGACACCGAUAUUAGCAUCUGUGGCCGGCGGGCUGGAUAAAACCCACAACCCGGAAUUCACAACCUGUGAAUUCUACCACGCAUUCGCCGACCUGGAAACCUUAAUAACCCUGACCGAGUCUUUCUUCACGGGCCUUGACCGACACAUCCACCAUCUAAACGAAACAUUAGAAACCCUCUCCCCGACCACAACUAGUUUCGCAACCCCCUUCCGCCGCCUCGACUUCAUCCCAGAUCUCGAAACGGCAAUGUGCCACAAGCUACCGGACUUUACCACCACCCCUACAGAAGAAGCAACCAAAACAGUCAUCCAGCUCUUCGAGCAACUCAGCCAUCCGCUACCGACAAACCCCAACCUCCCCCGCCUCCUCGACCGGCUAAGCGCCAUCUACCUCGAGCCGCAGUGCAAAGACCCAACCUUCAUCGUCAACCACCCGGAAUGCCUCUCACCACUCUCGAAGUCAUUCACGCACCCCGCAUGCGGGCAGACCGUGGCAGCACGGGCGGAGCUCUUCAUUGACCAGCGGGAGGUGGUCAAUAUGUAUGAAGAAGAGAACUCACCGUUUGAGCAGAGGCGGAAGUUUGAGAUCCAGCUUGGGUUUCAGGUCCCGGCGGUGGAGGCGGAGGGGAAAAUGGAUGAGAAUUACCUGCAAGCGUUGCAGUGGGGGUUGCCACCGACGGGCGGGUGGGGGUGUGGGGUUGAUAGAUUGUGCAUGUUGUUUACGGGGGCGAGGCGGAUUGGGGAUGUGUUGAGUUUUGGGAAUUUGAGGAGCGUGACCCGGUCUGAGUAG